UCAGUGCAAGUUCAAACUGAUGUACCAAGCAGAAAGGCCACUAUAUAUAUAAUCCCAUGCGCGAUUAACCUCAAACCAUCAAACAAAGCAGAGCACGAAAAAAAACAGAGUGACAAGGAGCUCGAGCAUUUCUUCAGGCAAGCAAAGAUGGCCGCUGCAGGAGCUGUAUCCGCCAUGGCCCUGUUCUUCCUAUUCAUGCUCUCCGCCUCCCAGAUGGUGUCCUCCCUUCGCCCCGGCGUUGGCCUCGGCACGUGCCACGCCAGCGGGUACCUCCCAGGCCGCUCUGGCAAUUGUGAGAAAAGCAAUGAUCCGGACUGCUGCGAGGAUGGCAAGAAGUACCCACAGUACCGAUGCUCGCCGCCGGUGACAGCGAGCACCAAGGCUGUGUUGACACUCAACAGUUUUGAGAAGGGUAAGGAUGGCGGCGGCCCGUCGGAGUGCGACAAUGCGUACCACAGCGAUGAGGAGAAGGUGGUGGCGCUCUCCACUGGGUGGUUCAGCAACAUGGCGCGUUGUGGUCACCAAAUCAAGAUCAGCGCCAAUGGAAACUCCGUGUACGCCAAGGUGGUGGAUGAGUGCGACUCCGUGCACGGCUGCGACAACGAGCACAACUUCGAGCCACCAUGCGAUAACAACAUCGUCGACGCCUCGCCGGCAGUGUGGAACGCCCUUGGACUCGACCAGAACCUCGGGAUGGUGGACAUCACCUGGUCCGACACGUGCCGUGCCAGCGGGUACCUCCCGGGCCGGUCUGGCAACUGUGAGAAGAGUAACGACCCUGACUGCUGCGAGGAUGGCAAGAGGUACCCGCAGUACCAUUGCUCGCCACCGGUGACGGCUAGCACCAAGGCUGUGCUGACGCUCAAUAGCUUCGAGAAGGGCAAGGACGGCGGCGGCCCGUCGGAGUGCGACAAUGCAUACCACAGCGACGAGGAGAAGGUGGUGGCGCUCUCCACCGGGUGGUUCAGCAACAUGGCACGCUGUGGGCACCGCAUCAAAAUUAGCAUCAAUGGCAACUCCGUGUACGCCAAGGUGGUUGAUGAGUGCGACUCUGUGCAUGGUUGUGACGACGAGCACAACUUCGAGCCACCGUGCGACAACAACAUCGUCGAUGCCUCACCAGCGGUGUGGGACGCCCUGGGACUUGACCAGAACCUCGGGAUGGUGGACAUCACCUGGUCUGAGGAGUGA